AUGUCAGAAAAGGAACCUGUCGAAGGGGCAGGAAAAGAAGGGUCGUCCGAGGAUGACGAUGUUGUGGAAGUGCUGCAAGAAGGGAAUGCAGAAGUGACACUGCUCGGCACGGCGGAUGUCGCGGAGCCCAGUGCUCAAGUGGAAAAUGUCUCCGCCGCGCGCGAGGCGCCUGAUGCGGAACCGGGUGGUGAAUCUCCAAGGGAUUCGACAGCAGAGACAGCACGCGAAGUUGCGGCGAAGGAGAACACAGAAGGAGGGAGUGCGAGCCGAGAGGGAGCAGACGGCGGAGCAGAAUCGGAGAAGGCGGAAUCUGGUGAGGUUCCAAAGGAUUCCGAAACAGAGGCAGCAGGAGAUGGUGCGGCGAAGGAGGGCGCAGAAACUGCGACAGCCAAUGGAGAGGCAGCGGAUGGUGAAGGAGCAGAGGUGGAUACCAAGGCACAUUCAGGAAAUGGUGCGACGAAGGAGGGCGCAGAAACAGCGAGGGCGAACUCAGUGGAAGCGGAUGGCGUAGACGCAGACGGACCGGAGGCGGAUCCGAAGGCACAGAAGGAGGAUGCAGAACCAGUGACGGCGAACCCAGUGGAAGCGGACGGCGGAGAAGCAGAGGGAGCCGAGGUGGAUCCCAAGGUACAGGCAGCGGGUGACGGUGCGACGAAGGACGACGCAGAGCCAGCGACGGCGAACCCAGUGGAAGCGGACGGUGGAGGAGCAAAGGGAGCAGAGGUGGACAUUAAGGUACAGGCAGCAGGUGACGGUGCGACGAAGGAGGAUGCAGAAGCAGCAGCUGAGCUGGCGAAGCAGGAUGGAGUGAAUAAGGGAGGACCUGAUCCGGAAAGCGGAGCAGAGGCUGCGAAAGCGCAAGCUGCGGCAGAUAAAGAACAAGCAGAGGCAGAUGCGACGGAAACAAUGCAGUCCACUGCGGCGGAAAAGAAGAAGCCUUCCGCCGUUGCGCAGGCGGAUCCCGCUGUUGUGCCCGCCGCUGCUCCCGAAGUCGCUCCCGCUGACACUUCCGCCGCAGCUGCCGUUGUCGCUUCCGCUGCUGAUCCCGCGGCACCACUUGCUUCCCCAGCGAAAGCUGUUCCGCCAGGAACCCCUGUCGCUCCUGCGGAAGCGGGGGCUGCUCCCGCGCAAGACUCUGCGCCAAGUCUUGCCUCCACCACCCCCGUUGCUCCGCCAGCGCCUGGUGCGUCUCAGCAGGCACCAUCAUCCGCUCCCGCCGCUGCCGCCUCUUACGCAACGAUAGACGCGGAGAUAAAAGCAGUGCGGGACAUGCCGAAUCCUUUGGGACCGGGACCUUCCGGAAGCGCAUCCGCACCAACGCCCGCAACUGACGGUGCGCAAGCAUCUCCCGCGCCGCCAGCAGCGGCGAACGCGGCAGCGGCAGGCGCAGCGGCAGCAACGCCAGCACCCACCGCAGGAGGUCAGGCAGUAAUAGAAACAAUCGAGCUAGACGAUGACGAUGAGGACGACGAAACGGACCACAGCGCGCUGAACGCCAUCCUCUCCGUGCCACCCAAAGAGCUCGAGACAGCCGUCGAGAAACUCCUGUACAUCCACAUGAGGCCGCGCCUGCCGGGUGCAGAUGAAGACGAUCAGAUUGCGCCGCACACGAUGGCGGCGUUAGAGACGGGCGUGAAGUGGGUGCUCAAGCGGCAGAGCUCGUCCGUGCCCGCGGAGCAGUGCGUGCGGCUGGCGAAGGCGCUGCUGCUGGACUCGCAGCACGGGAAGCGCGGGCGCCCGCGCAAGUACUUCGCGGAGGCGGAGGUGAACGUGGCGCUCGCCGCCGUGAGCGCGUGGCUGGAGAGGCGCAGGCAGCAGGAGGCAGGGGAAGGGGCAGGGGGAGGGGGAGGGGGAGGGGGAGGAGGGGCGAAACCAGGCGAGGCCGCAGCUGCGGCGAAGGCAGCAGCAGCGGCGACUGCAGGAGCUGCGGCGGGGGCGGGUUUCCCUGGGCCGGCAAUGCAGCUGCUGGCGCAGCAGUAUCAGCAGGUGCCGCAGCAGCAGCAAGCGAGCUGGUUAAGGCCUCCUGUUGCUUCAACAGGCGGACUUCCGCCAGCAGCGCAGCUGGCGCAGCAGCAGGGGCAUGCGCAGCAGCAGCAGCAGCAGCAGCCGCAGCAGCAGGCGAGUCUACUGACCAUGCCAUCCCUAAACCCGCAGUUAGAUCGCUCAGUGGAGCUGCCUGGAUACUACCCCAGCCGUGUUCCCCCAGGCUUGACGUUCAGCUUACGUCCCGGCGCCAUACUUGCCGGCACCGUACCUCGCACCGUACCUGCCGGCUCCGCACCUGCCGGCACCAUACCUCGCACCGUACCUGCCGGCACCGCACCUCCCACCGUGUUUGCCAGUACCAUAGCUGCUACCACAGUUGCGGCGUCGCCUGCAGGGAAUCAGACGGACGGAGUGGGUCUGUGGCAGGGCAGGACGCGGUUGGGAGGGCUGGGGUCGGGACAGCGACAGAGGAGGCAAGCGUGGGAGGGGUUUGGGGGGCUGAAUUCAGUGGUCUCACGGCAAGGUGAUGAGGCUGGAAGGAGGCUUGUGAUGCCGGCGGGAGAAGCACAGAGGGCGACACAGGGGAGAGAGCAGGGAGUGCAGGGGGUAACGCAAGGGCGAGCAGAGGGGGUAACUCAGGCGCGCGGGCAGGGAUCAGCGAACGCACCACCUGUGAGGGAGUUCGUGUUGGGGUUGAAGGCGCCUGAUAGGAGCACGCUGAGGCCGGGAGCAGGGCUGGUAGAUGUGCCUGUUGGGGGGGCUGCCCCGGGAGCAAUCCCGGGGUCGGGGUGGGGAGCGAGGCGAGGAGAAAGGCAACCUGCUAGUGCGCUGCAGCAGCAGCUGCAACAGCAUCAUCAGCAGCAGCAGCAGCAGAAGCAGCAACAGCGGUGGCAGCAGCAGCAGCAGCAGCAGCAGCAGCAGCAGCAGCAGCAGCAGCAGCAGCAGCAGCAGCAGCAGCAACAGGCACAGAAGCAGCAGCAGCAGCAGCAGCAGCAGCAACAGCCACAGAAGCAGCAGCAGCAGCAGGCACAGAAGCAGCAGGAGAAGCCGCCAGAGGUGCAGCCGCCAACAGAGAAUCUCCCAGCGCCAGGGCUGGGAAAGGACGUAUGCGUGCAUAAGUACUACCUCCCGGGGAUAGAGCGCAGCGGAGAGGCGGGCAGGCAGAAGCAGGAGCGCGAGCACGCCACCCUGCUGUCGUUUCUCCACUGGCUCUACCCCCACCUGUGUGGGAUCUGCAAGGCGGUGGUGCAGCACGGGCCGUUUGUGGAGGGCGCGCAGGGGCGGUUUGCGGGGUACGAGGUGGGGGAUGUGGCCAAGGGGAAGGAGCGUGGGGUGCUGGUGCGCGCGCCUAGCAACUGGCGGAACGUGGGGGACUCCUCGUGGGCCACAGAGCUCAACCAGGUGCGUGGAGUGAGGAUUGUGGUGUAUUGUCGCUUAGCUGCUCUUUCCCCUUCAACUACUCUCGCUCGCAACAUCGCUCACCUUUCCCAUCUCCCUCCUCUACUCCUCCACCCACCACCGCCACCACCCCUCUGCAAGCAGCAAGGGCCAAAGAAGCGGCGGCUGGUGUUUGUGGGCUGGCAGGCGUUUGCGCAGACAGAGCGGGGGGCGGUGGACGUGGGCAUUCACAUAGAGGACACGGAUGCCAUCAGUGGACGUGGGUAUUCACAUAGGGGACACGGAUACAAUCAGGUGCGCGCACAGGGGAUGGAGGGAGUGGGAAGAGAGGGUCAUUUCAUGGGCACCACCAGCACCAACACGCCCUUUCGGCCCUUCCCUUCUGCUCUUUAUUUCCACCCAUUCUGCCCUCUCUGCCCCUUCAUUCCGUCCCGUUUGCCCCCUCAUUCGACCUGUUUCGCCUCUUUCCAUCCGCCCGUCAGGUCUCUCCUCGCCAAGAAGCGCCGCCUGCAGCAGUUUGCUCGAAACCGAGUCUCCGACAUCCAAACCCUAAAAGGCAGGCUUUCCGAAGCUCGCGUGCAGGUUCGGACGCUUAAGGACCAGGUUCGGGAUCUCCAAACCCAGCUGAAGGCUGCCAAGGAGAAGGAGAAAGCAUGGGGGCGGGGGCGGGGGCGGGGGCGAGGGGAGAGGUCAGCAGAGGACGAGCAGAAGCAGCUGCAGCGGCGGCUCAAGAAGCUUAAAGCCCGAGCUGGUAACCGCCCAAUCACCGCUGAUGACAUGGCGAUGCUGGAUCUGAUGUCAGAUGACGACGACGAUGACGAGGACGAGGACGCGGAGGGUGACGGGGCGGCAGCAGGGGCGGGGGGAGCUGCAGGGGAGGGGGAGGGGGAGGAGGCAGCAGAUGCGGCGAUAGGAGUGGAGUUGUGGAUUCAGGAGUUGGAUGAGCCAGAUGAUGAGAUGGUGAAUGAAUUGCUGGAGGACAUAGAAGUCAUGCCCAAUGUCUCCGUCCCCAAUGGGACCGGUACACCCGGUGCGUUUGGGGAUCCACCGCAAUUACCCCCUGUUGACGCUGCAGCGCCGUCCCCUGCCCCGUUUUUUCCCGCGAACAUGCCCUCAUUUCAGCGCUCUUCUGCCGCCCCCGCACCUCCAGCCUCUCUCAACCGCGCUCCCAUCCUCCCCACUGUCCCCCGCCACGCCUCCAACUCGUUCCUGCUGGCGGCAGCGUCAGGGCAGAUCCCAACUCCUGCUGCGCCUCCUGCUCCUUCCCCUGGUAACCCCACUCGCGCCCCUGCCACUGCUGCCGCUGGCACAUCUCGUGAAGGCUCCGGGCGGCCGUCCUUGGGCGUGUGGGACCGAAUUCAGCAGAGGAGGAAGAGGGCGAGAGAGGGGGUGACAGGGGACCCGGAGGAGCCGGGGGCACAGCAGCGAGACGGGAGGGACGGGAGAGAGGACCUGCAGCAGCGGCAGGAGGCAGGCGGGCGGGAGGGCACGCUCACACGCCCUUCCCUGGGGUCAGGCCGGCCCCUGGCGGGCUUACGGAAGAGGAGGCGGGAGGGGCAGGUUGACCCGGUGUUUGGAUCAGCAGGGCUGCGGCCGCGGGGGCGCGAGCGGGACAUUCUGUUCUGGUUCCAGUCGACUGAGCGGCGCAAGAUGAACCGGUUCCAGUCGCGCCUGGAGAAGCGCCUGCACAAGGUGAGCCUGCAGAGGCGGGCGUGGCGGCGAGGCGAGGAGGGAGGGGAAGAAGAGGGGGAUGGUGGGGAGGGGGGCGAUGGGGAGGAGGGGGAGGAGGGAACGGAUGGGGGUGGGGAUGAGGAGGAGGGAAGGGAGGGGGAUGUCGUGGAGGUGGGAGGGGGUGCGGGGGGUGGUGGUGGAGAGGGAUAUGUGACCCUGUUGUCGAGUGACGACGAGGGCAACGAGGAGGAAGAUGGUGGGGAGGCAGCGGUGGGGGGAUUUGCGGGGAGGCAGCGGGGGAGGGGCGCGGGGAGAGGAUCCUCAGCGUUCCGCCAAAACGGGGGAAGAACGGGCGGUGCAGCGUGGGGUGGGCAGAAGGGGCAGGGGCAGAGGCUGCUAGGCUCCGCGCAAGAAGAGCGGGAAAAUGGGGGACACGAGGGGAGCUGGAGAGAGGUGAAAGUUCCGGGGUAUGCGGGGGACGGGGGGCGCAGCGAAGCAGGGGGGGAGACGGCGGAGCGGAAGGGUGCGGAAGCGGAAGGGGUUUCGGGCGUUGUGUUUUCGUCGGGAAAUUUCGCGGACCUUGGGCUCUGCGAGACGCUCGCGACGCACAUAGAAGAGAAGCUGGGGUUUGCAGCGCCAACGCACGUGCAGCAGGCGGCCAUCCCGCACGUCCUCGCUGGCAGAGACCUGCUGAUUCGAGCCGACACGGGAUCGGGCAAGACGCUGCUAUACCUGGCGCCCAUUCUGCACGCCCUGCAGGCCUGCAGGCAGAGGGUGGACCGCAAGCACGGCACAUACGCCGUCAUCUUGGCCCCAACACGAGAGCUCUGCGUGCAAAUAGAGGAGGUGGCGCAGCAGCUGUGCCGGCGCUUCGUGUGGAUCGUGCCGGGGCGGUGCAUCGGGGGGGAGAGCCGCAGCAAGGAGAAGGCGCGCCUGCGCAAAGGGCUGGCCAUUGUGAUCGCGACACCAGGCAGGCUGCUGGACCAUCUGCGCAACACGUGCUCGUUUGGGCUCGCCCGGUUGCAGUGGCUCGUGCUGGAUGAAGCUGACAGGCUGUUGGACCUGGGCUUUGAACGAGACAUAAAGGAAAUCAUCUCGCUGCUGCGAGAGAGGCUCACCCAGGACGGUCUGAUACAGGGAGGGGGUGCUCAGGGUGCUUCCAGGAAGCUUCAGACCAUGCUGCUGUCGGCCACGCUCGGCCCGAGGGUGGAGCAGCUUGCUGACGUCAGCCUGGUGUCUCCGGUGGCUGUGAGCGUGACAGGUGGCAGUGUGCGAGUGGAGGAGAGGGUUUCUGGGCGGCCGUUGGGGAGGGUCGGGGGUGGGGUGGGAGAGAGGGAGGGGAGGGGCGGAGAGGUGGGUGAGAGAGAUCUGGAGGAGUUGGGAUUAGUGGAGAGAGGGGAAGAGGAGGAGGAGGACGAGGCGGAAGAGGAAAUGGAGGAGGAGGGACAGGAGGAGGAAGACGAGGAAGAGGUGGAGGAAGAGGUGGAAGCAAAGGAAGAGGAGGAGGAGGAGGAGGAGGAGGAGGAGGAGGAGGAGGAGGAGGAGGAGGAGGAGGAGGAGGAGGAGGAGGAGGAGGAGGAAGCGGAGGAGGGAGAGGUGGAGGAAGACGAGGAGGAGGAGGAGUUGGAGGAGGGAGAGGAGGUUGGGGAGGGCAACGAUGACGACGAUGACGACCUGCCUCUCUUCAUGCAGGCCCUCCGUGCCGUUAAGAAGGCGGGGCGGGCGGAGCGCAAGGAGAAGAAAGAGGAGAGGAAGGAGGAGAGAACGCAGCUGAAAGAGGAGGGGAAGGAGCAGAACGGCAAGAGGUCGGAAGGUGAAGAUGGGGCAUUGGAGAGUGGUGGCGGUAGAGGUGGGGUGGGCAAGGCGGAGAGCAUGAAGGGGGGAGCAGCAGGCGUGGCGGUGGCAGAAGCAGCCAUGCAAGGGGCUUCGCAGGGGGUAUCAAGAGAGGGUGUGGAAGAAGGUGCAAGGGGGGAUGAGGAGAGGGGAGGAGGGCAUGGAAGGGUGGAGGGGAGGCGGGAGGGCGGGGUGUUGCAGGAGGGGCCAAGUGGUGGGGGUUCGUUUGUCUUCCCGGAGCAGCUCAAGCAGUUUGUGCUCACAGUAUCCUCUCCUGCAUUGCCUUUUCCCCUCCCAUUUCUCCCUCCAACUAUCUUCCUUGCUCCCAUCCCAAACCUCCUUUACCGUCCUCCUCAUGUUUUCCUCCCCCCCCCUCUGCCACCAGUGCCCUGUCGCUGUCGCCUCAUCACGCUCAUCGCUUUGCUGCGCUCCAAGCUUGCCACAUCAGCAUCAUCCAAGGUACUGGGGCCUCCUCAGCAAUCUCCAGGGCUAUCAUUCUGCCUCAGCUUGCCUAUCGCUCUCUCGCUCCUUUGCCCGUGCCCCACCCUCUUACCCUUCUCUCCUCCGUAUCCCCUCAUCUCCUGCAGUGCUCUCCCAUCCCAACCGCUUCUCAUGUCGAACCAACCCCUGCCUGUCUCUCUUUGUCAGGCGGUGCUGUUCCUAACCACAUGUGGUGGUGUUCCUAUCCACGUGGUGGUGUUCCUAUCCACGUGCGACUCUGUCGAGUUCCACGCCACCCUCCUCUCCUCCGCCCCCACCUCUCCCCUCACCACCGAUUCCCCCCACCACCAACAACAAGAGCAACAGCAACAUCAACAGCAUCAGCAGCAGCAGGGCGAUCAACCAGCACAGCAGGGGCAAGGCCUGCUGCCAGCGCCAGUGUUCAAGCUGCACGGCAACAUGGAGCAAAAGGACCGAUCCAAGGCCUUCCUGGCCUAUCGCAGCGCGCCACGUGGCGUGCUGCUGUGCACUGACGUGGCAGCACGCGGCCUUGACUUCCCUGCUGUGGAGACCAUUGUGCAGUUUGACUCGCCUGGCGAUGCUGCUGACUACGUGCACCGAGUGGGUCGCACGGCUCGCAUCGGGCGCAGGGGAGAGGCGGUGCUCGUCCUGCUGCCCAACGAAACAGAGUACCUGGACCAGCUGCUCUCCACCCACCCAACCACCCCUCUUCUUCUUUUUUCUUUCCCGUACUUCUUCCUCCAGAGUGGGGCGCACGGCUCGCAUCGGGCGCAGGGGAGAGGCGGUGCUCUUCCUCCUCCCAAACGAGACAGAGUACCUGGACCAGCUGCGCUCCUGCAACGUGCACCUCCUCCCCAUGCCGCUCCUCCCCCUCCUCGACUCCCUCCUGCCCGGAAUCUCCGCCGAACCUGCCCGGACCAAUCGCAGGCGGCCAUCCUGGAAGGAGGUGAGUCCAGAGGAGGCUCUGGCCAAUCACAGCGCAGUAGAGACGUGGCAGGAGGAGUUGGAAUUAACGGUGGCGAGGCGGGCCGCAUUGAGGGAGCUUGCCACUGGGGCUUUUCGGUCGUUUGUGCGGGCGUAUGGCGCGCAUAA